GUAGAAGCGGGGGGGGGGUUGCGCAGACUCCGCUGCUGUCUGCGCCCGGCCCCGGCAUGUGGCUCCGGCCCCGCAGCUGCCAUGGCCCGGCCGGCGGGAGACCUCGCCCGGGACCUGCAAGACAGUAUUCGCAAGGUCCUGAGCCGCCCGCCCAACCCUCUGCUGCUGAAGGUGAAGCUUGAAACCAAGCCCAAGAAGUUUGAGGAUCGUGUGUUGGUGCUGACGGCCUGGCGGCUUCACCUCUUCGGGCUGAAAGUGCCCGCCAAGGUCGAAAGCUCCUUCAAUGUCUUGGAAAUUCGAACGUUAAACACAAUAAACCACAGCCAGAUCCUGGUGGACACGGAGAAAGCCACCUACAGCUUCAAAUUCCCCAGCCCGGCCAGCGCCGACCAGGUCACCCGGCACGUCAACGCGGCUCUCGGCAAGAUCUUCCCCAGCCCCACGGCGGGCUGUCUGAGGACCCCUGAGACUCCCCGGGACACGUCCCCCAACUCCGAGAGUUCGACCUCCACCAGUCACAGCAUCUGCGGGGGGUUCUCCGAGACCUAUGCCGCCCUCUGCGACUACAACGGGCUGUUCUGCCGGGAGGAGGUGCAGUGGGAUGUCGACACCAUCUACCACUCGGCCGACAAUCAUGAAUUCAACCUGCUGGACUUCAGCCACCUGGAAAGCCGGGACCUGGCUUUGAUCGUCGCCGCCCUCGCCUACAACCCUUGGUUCACGCGACUGCACUGCAAGGACCUGAGGCUGGGCUCUGAGGUAUCUGAGCAAGUUCUGCACACGCUCAGCAAGUCCCAUCACCUGGAGGAGCUGGUGCUGGACAACACGGGGUUAAAAACAGACUUCGCGCUCAAACUGACCUACGCUCUGGGAGACAACCCUGGCUCGGCCCUGCACAGCCUGGUGCUGUCGCACAACCAGAUCGAGGACAAAGGUCUCAUCUCCCUGAGCCAGCAAUUCCUCUACUUCCCCAAGGGGCUGCGGCAGCUCGGGCUCUGCAAGACGGGGGUCACCCCAAAAGGGCUGGCCGGGCUGUGUCAGACCCUGGGGGCCAACCCGGCCUUCAGCAGCUCCCUGCAACACCUGGACCUCAGCAAGAACCCCGGGCUGCUGGGCGGUGAGGAGGCCAACGGUUUUUAUUCCUUCCUGGCCCAGCCCAACGCCCUCCUCCGCCUCGAGCUGGCCGGCACGGACUGCGCCGUCGACGUGUUAUUCGGGGCGCUGUUGCAUGGAUGUUGCACUCGGCUUAGCUACCUCAACCUCUCCCGGAACACCUUCUCGCACCGGAAAGCCAAGGACUCCCAGCUGGCCUUCAGGCAAUUCUUCUCGAGCACCUACGCGCUGAACUACGUGAGCCUGUCGGGCACGAAAAUGCCCCUGGAUGCCUUGAGGUCUCUGUUCCAGGGUCUCUCGGCCAACACCCACCUGAGUGAUGUUCACCUGGAUUUGAGCGGCUGUGAGCUGCGCUCGCCGGGGGCUCAGGUCCUACAGGAGCAGCUCCCAGGGGUCACUGCCUUGGGGAGCCUAGACAUCUCCGACAACAGUUUUGACUCCGAUUUGCUGACGCUGGUCCCUGCUCUGGGCAAGAACAAAUCCCUCAAACACCUCUGGCUGGGCAAGAACUUCAGCGUUAAGUCCCGGAUGCUGGAGGAGAUACUUCACAAGAUCGUACAGCUGAUUCAGGAGGAAGAUUGUUCCCUGCAGUCUCUCUCCAUGGCCGACUCGCGGCUGAAGUCCCGGACCAGCAUCCUCAUCAACGCCCUUGGCAGUAAUACCUGCUUGAGCAAGGUGGACCUGAGCGGGAAUGGCAUGGAGGACCUGGGGGCCAAGAUGCUGUCCAAGGCUCUGCAGAUCAACAGCAGCCUCCGGAGCAUCACCUGGGACCGGAACAACACGACAGCACUUGGCUUCCAUGAUGUCGCCCGAGCCCUGGAGAACAACUACACCCUGAAGUACAUGUCCUUCCCCAUGAGCGACAUCACAGCCGCUUACCGCAGUGCCCCGGAGAGGAUGGAUGAGGUGUGGCAGAAGAUCCAGUGGUGCCUCCUCCGAAACGGCCAUUCCCAGAAGUUCUCCCAGGAGCAGGCGUUCCGACUCCAGCAGGGGAUCGGCACCAGCAGCGCCGAGCAACAGAUGAUCAGACGGCUGUGCCUGCGGGUCCAGGAGGAGGUGAGGGCUCUGCACAGCUGCCCUGCUGAUACUGUCCAGGAGGAGGUGCUCUAUGCGCGGGAGCUCAUGAAGGAGGCCAAGAACUCGCGGGCGCUGUUCCCCAGCCUCUAUGAACUGGGACACAUCUUGGCGAGCGACGGGCCCGUCCGGCAGCGACUGGAGUCCGUGGCCAAUGAGGUCUCCAAGGCCGUUGACAAGGAGCUGCAGGUGAUCCUGGAGUCCAUGGUGACACUUACCCAGGAGCUCUGCCCCAGGGCCAUGCAAGCCGCCGAGGGCCACAACAAGAUGCUGGGGACUGUGUCAGAGCGGGUGACCGUCCCCCGCAACUUCAUCCGGGGGGCGCUGCUGGAGCAGGCUGGGCAGGACAUCCAGAACAAGCUGAACGAGGUGAAGUUGUCUGUGGUGACGUAUCUCACCAACUCCAUUGUGGAGGAGCUCCUGGAGGAGUUGUACAGCACCCACAAGAGCCUGACCCAGCACAUUGCCCACCUCCAGCAGCUCUCCGAGGGGCAGAGUAGUGCUGGGAGCUCCGGGGGGACCCCCCUGGACCAGCCCCCCAGGAACCAGCUGAGAGAUCACGAGGAGACCACAGACGAUGAGCUGGGAACCAGCAUUGACACCAUCGCUAUCAAGAGGCAGAAACAUGGCAGGAAAAUCCGACCUGUCUCAGCUUUUAUCGGCGUGGCUGACCCAGACACUGAUGCCACACACUCCUGGGGCACCAACUCGCCGUCAGGCUGGCUCUCCUCGUCGGCCAGCAGCCAGUACUCGCAUUCCCGCAGCCCCUCCUUCGAGGGGCUGGCCGAACUCCCCACUGAGGGGUCCCGGCUGGAGCACCGCACCCGCGGCCGGCCCCGGCCCCCCCGGUGUGUCCCUCCGGGGCCUCGCCAAAAUGCUCGGACACCUGGGUCCAUUGAGCCCCAGCAGCAGGAGAAUGGGACGGUGCCGCGGCUGGAUGAGGGACUGGAGGAAUUUUUUAGCAGGCGUGUCCUCACAGAUAACACCAGCUAUCCACGGACCCCCAGAGGCUGUGGGGUGAGACCAGGCCCCUCAGACGCGCUGCCCCCCAUGCAGAAGAAGAGGCGAAAGGGGCUUUUCCAUUUUCGGAGGAAUCGGAGCCUCAAGGGGGAGAGGGAGGUUGAAGACACCCUGUGGGGGGCCCCCCACAGCUCCCCCAGCACCCCCCAGGGGACAGCAGAUGAGCCCAAGGCACCAAUGUGGAGUUCAGCCAGUCUGGAUGAAGGGGAGGGGCAGGAACCCCAGGGAAUGGGGAUUCCCCUCCCUGGGAUGGGGGGCAGCGGAGGAAGUGGGGUGAAGGGGCUGCCCCCCAGAGGUAACCAGUGUCCCACCGUUGAUUGUUCCCCCAACCCCAUGAGGGAGGAGUCAGAUUCUUCAGAGGCGGAGCUACUGCAGCCCUCCCGAGUCCACGGAAUUGCCCUGCCCGGAAUGGGGCGGAGCCUGGAUGGGAAGAAAGAGGGGACAGAGCUGCAAAGGGUGGGAAGCCUACACGAUCGAGAGAGGAGGAGGUCCUCGGACAGCUCAGGUAGGGGGGCACACCCCAAAUUCUGCCCCUCCCCUUCACCUAGCUCCCCCCAACCUGAUACCCCCCUUUAUCUCUUCCCCACAGAGAAAGGGGGCUGGAGACCCCAGCCUCCCCCUCAGAGCUCCAAGCCAGCGUUUGUCACCAUUCGAAGGGCUGAGGCUAGCUGGGAUAUCGCGGAGGAGAGCUCCCAGCUGGACCUGGAGGAGACGGACAUCUCCAGCAGGGCCCCCAGAAUGGAGGCGGGGGAGAAGCCCCCAAACCCCAGCUUCCUGGCAUCUGGAAAGGCCAGGGAGCCGCCAUCCGGCCUCCGCCCCCCCAAGCCAGUAGGCAUCCCACGCGGCCAAAAGCCCCCGACUCAGCCGGAGAGGAGUCAGAGUAGCGAGGAGCAGGCAGGUGGGGCCGGCCCCAUCGAGACUCGGACCUCCCCCCCCGUCACCCGCCCCCGACCGGACCACUUGGAAACAGAAGGGGGGUCUGAGGUGGGGCGGAAGGCGGCCCCUCUGAAACCUCAGCGAACACGCCGGGCGCAGUCCUGUGAUAAACUGGAGUCAGAUCAGGGUCGAGAGCCCGGAGCCAGAGGUGCUGCUAACGCCCUCCUGCCGGACCCCCCUCUGCCCCCGCCCUUGGAGCAGCAUCAGCCCCCUCGGAAACCCCGUCUCCCCAUCUCCCGGCCUUUCCUCUCUGUGGACCAGACUGUGGGAACCCAGGAGUCCGGGACAGACUGACGGGCCUGCUAUCGAGUAUCAGCCAUACCACCAGCUGGGAACAAGGAAGCCUGAGAACAGAGAGAGAAGGGACGACUGGGUCUUCCCCAAGAUCCAGCCAUGGACCCCCCCAAAACAAGGAUCAACAGCUCCCGCACAUGGCCUUGGGGCUGCAGACCCUGUCCUGCCCCCCACCCUUCCCUCUCGCCUCGCUUUCACUCCUCCGUUCAGGCCUGUUUUGUUCCCUCGCUUCCCCCCCCAAAAUCCCUCGAGGGACGGAUCCCUGUUUUCAGGGCAUGCCCCCCGGCGGGAGGAGGCAUUGCUCCCCCAGGAGGAAACAGCGGGCCGGACUCUGAAUGCGGCUUAUCCCCUCUGUACCCCACAGCUGCCUACCCGCCACUUUCCAACCCUCCAGGGUCCCUGUCUAUUUUCGGCUUGUACAGAAGGAAGAGAGAAAUAAAUUCUAUAUGGCGACCGGAGCU